UUACAGAACGAACUUUCAGUCCUCGGCCUACUCGGCAAGUGUGCGUCGGUUCACCGUGAGUGCAACUUCAAUGGUGUCGAAAGCUCGAUUGCGAUAGUGCCAAUGAUGUAAUUGGUGUGAGUGUGAGCUUUUGCUGCAGCUUUGCUGUGAGUUAUGUGCUUAUGAUGAUUUGUGCGCAUUGAGAAAAAUGAUGGCCGGGAGGGAAGUGCUGUAUCUCGUCUUGCUGGCCGCCAGCGUCUUCAUAGGACACGGCUAUUCGAGUCCCUCGCCAAUCAAAAGAACUGAUCCGAAGAAAGACCACUGCAACAAAACGGUGGAAAUUUACGAGGACGUCGCAAGUCCGGAAGUGACGAGUGAGAACUUCGGGAAACCGAUGACAUGUUGGUACAGGUUUCGGUCGUUCCGCGGAACUCCCAAAGAUUGGAUUCUUCGGAUAAAGUUCAACAAAUUCAAAGUGGGUGUUUUGCUCAACGCUAGCCACUGCGAGGGAGGAUAUAUGCAGAUCGUCGAUGGCAACGCAAAGACGGACGUCUCAAACCGCAAAGAGCCCGGCAUUUUUUGCGGUGAGAGUGAACAACCUCAAACUUUCAUGUCGGAAACGUCUUUCGUGAAGGUUGUGUUUCAUAGCGAUAAUUUCACCGACCAAACUUACUUUAGUUUCGAUACGCGAGCCGAACAACAACUCGUUGUAUAUUUGAGGUAUGGCCAGCACCCGGAACUUUAUCCAAAUAGACGAGGGGAGGUCGUUCAGGGGUCUUACUGCGAGAGGAUAUUCCGGGACUGCCGCCUUCAAACUUGUUACGUGCAAUCUCCGGCCUAUCCCGGAGUCUAUCCCCGGAAUUUGCACUGCAGAUAUUACCUGAACACAAGACUGCCUUUCAUCAAGCUGUACAUCGAGAACGAAGAAUUCAACAUCGACGGACAGCGAUGCGAAAAUAUCAUGACAUGUCCCAUGAGGCCGAUAUCCUCAGGCCAGGAGAAUUGCCCCUACGACUACAUAAAAAUCUACGACGGAAAGAACGAGUUGAGUCCUGUUAUUGGAACGUUUUGCGGGAUGGGAAAGUUCCCGUACUCCAUUAUAGGCACAUCUCAGGACCUUUUCGUGGAGUUUGUUUCGUCGCCGGCAGGCCCUUUGCUCAACACUGGUUUCCACUUCAACGUCGGAAACUGGCCAGGCCACGUGGAUACGGCCGGGAGUCGAAACGGCACCUGUGACUGGCUCCUGUCCUCCGAGAGUCUUCGAGCAUCUGGAGAUUCCGAAGGAAUUUUCCUCUCCGUAGCCCACUGGUACCCCCCACAUACCAGCUGUACAUAUCUCAUGCAAGGGGAAGAGGGCGAAAUCGUCCGACUAUAUUUCCCCAGUUUUCGGAUAAACCGAAUCGAGUCUCCAAUCCAGCCAAUUGAAGGCGACUGUGGCGAGUCGCUCACUCUUUACGACUCCUCCUGGCCUGACGACUCAAAAAUCAUCAAGACUUUCUGUGAUACCUUCUCCAAAGCAAUGGAAAAGCACGAUUUCGUCUCAACCGGAAACGCCCUCUUCGUUCGCUUCGAGAGCAAAACCGGGAGUUACAGCGGCUCGUCUUUGUACUAUUGGGCCCAUUACGAUUUUUUCAACAACACGAAAUUGGGCGAACCAGUGCCUGGCAAACCCUGCGAUGAAGUGUUCGCUUCGUGGAGGCAAACUCGAGGCUGGUUGAGGUCUCCGCUGAACACUUUGGUUUACAAGCAGACACAGUCGAGUGAAGAUGUGCAAUGUUUGUACCGUUUUGUUACCGAUCGGAGACUUUUCGCUCGUGUUAUUUUGACUAUAACGAACAUCGAUUUCAAGGAGAAUCCAUACAAUCAAGCGCCUUGCUCAAAUUGUUUGGAGGAUCGAGUUGAUAAGUUGGUAAUUUGGGAGCCUCUUCCUCCGGGGGCUAACACCUCGUAUCCGCCGAUACCGUUGACCAAGGCGGCCCAAAGUGGCAAUGUGACUUGCUUGUGUAGCAAGCACACUUCUUCGACUCAAAUCAUAUCAAGAGGAGAACAACUUAAUCUUCAGCUGAUUGUGGAUAGUGCGCAUUCGGCGUUGAGCUACUUCAAACACAAUUCGCCGCUUUUUGAAGCCACGUAUGAGUUUGUGCACGGGCCGCUGUGUGGGCCUCCAAUUAUUCAACCACUUCUAAAUGGUGAAAUCCACUACCCUUACUACGAAGCCAUCGGCUACGUGGAGCCUCCCAAAUCAAUCCGCUGCAUCUGGGAGAUUAAAGUAAACCGAGAGCGCGACCUUUGGUUGCACUUCGACCGCAUUAAAUUCUCCUCAAAGGCUUGCGACGACGGGAUAGUGGACAUCUUCCUCAAAGGUCGUCUCGAGCCAUACUUAUCGAUCUGCGGCGAGAACGUUUCUCUCGUCAAAGAACUGCCAGUGUUGUCAGCGGCCGAACUAAGUCCUGAUGGAACUGAACCGGGAGUUACAAUCCAGUUCAUCGGGAGAACAUCACCAACGAGGGCAGCUUUCACUAUAGCGUGGACGGAGUUGUUCCAUUUGCCGAGGAAUCAAGACGGAAGUCUUAUGUCUUCGAGACUUACAGGCGGAGGGAAUGUCGAAGACGAUGAGGGAUGCGGGUUUGUGUGUCCGGGAGAGGCAGGGUUGUGUAUAGCUGCGGGACUUGUUUGUAAUGGAGUGAUUAAUUGCCCGAAUGUUACCGAUCACAAAGGUACCACCUUUAGUGACGAAUCUGCGGAGUUGUGCGUGUCGGAACACAGCCCCGAGAUCAAUUGGAUUUACGUGGGGGCGGCGGCAGUGUCAGUGUUACUCCUCCUGUGUUGUUUUUGUGUCUGUUUAUGCAGGAGGUGUUGUAGAUACUGUUGCAGCGACGACUAAAGUUCAAUUUUACGAAACCGAAGCCUUAAUGAACCUUUUUAACGAAAAAAUACAAACUAAAAGUUCAAGUCUUGACUACGUGACAAUCCAACAAUAAAUUUUCCUUUUGUAAAAACCGCAAUGUAGUCCAAGACUUGACCUUUUAAUAGAGACUUAAAGCGAAGUGAAGUGCACAUCGAUGGAACUUUUUGGCAAAGCACUCACGUUUAGUUUAGGGUCUUUAGAGUACCGUUGUAUUAUUUCCAAGAGAGAUUUGAACCUUGCACAGUUUUUACGAUUCAACAAAUAAAGCGAUCAUGUUCUAAAA